UUUUCUCCUUAAAGGGAGAGUGCUGACAGCUGUGAGUACCUUGGUGCCACUCUCAUCUUCCCUCUCUCUGCUCUCCAUCGUUUUAGGGAUUCGUGCAGGAUCGUUGAAAUAGCUUUCGUUGUCUGCCUCUGCUGUUGUCCUCUGACUUAGUUGACAAGUAGUUUUAUUUCUACAAUGGGAGAUGCUGAUAAUGCCCUUCCACCUUCAAAGAAAAGGGCUGCUGGAAGGGAACUCACUCGAGAUACUCCCGUUGAUGAGGAGGAAGAUUCUCCUGAGCUUGAGACUGGCACUUUCAAGAGAGCCAGUGAUGAUGUUCUGGCAACCAGAAGGAUAGUUAAGGUUCGUCGCCAACAAACUAGUUCUGCUCCUUCUGCAAACCCUUUUGCUGGAAUACGCCUAGUUGCUCCCACUGAACCCAGUGCUAAUCCUGCUGCGACAACUGAAGUACAAUCAACUGGUGAGAACACUGGUACGGAUGAUUCAAAGAGUAGUGAUGGUAUAGCUAAGGAUUCUGAGAAAGCUGAAGAUGGGGAAACUAAGAGGUCAGAGAGCAAAACAAAUGAGACAGAGGAUAAACCUAUUGAGGAUAAGAAUGCUGCCGAAGAAAGUAAUGCAGACAAGGAGCAUACUGCAGAAAAGACAAUUACCAAUGACAAAUCUCAGGUAGAUAAAGAACAAAGUAAGGAUGCCACAGGAAGUGAAAAUGAGGAUAAGAAGGAUGCUGCACAUGAGAGUGCCGGUGAGUUAGAUAAAGAACAAAAAGAGGAGGUUAAGGAUUCUGAAAAUGAUGGUAAGAAUGAGAACAUUGACAAUGAGGAUAAGAAAGACAGCAAAUCUGAAAAUGAAGAGGCAAAUGCUGAAGGUGGCCAUUUGAAGUCCUUUCAACUGCACUCAAGUAGCCAAAAUGCCUUUACAGGUCUUGCUGGAACUGGAUUUUCUACUUCCUCAUUUUCCUUUGGUUCCUUUUCAAAUGAAGGGUCCGGUUCUAUUUUUGGACUGAAAAGUGACAAGCCAUUUGGUCUUGGUUUAUCCAACAAUGGAAGCUCUGUUUUAGGGGCAUCUUCUGUUUCUAAGAAUGAGGGGAUUGGUUUAGCAAUGCAGGAGGUUGCUGUUGAAACCGGGGAAGAAAAUGAGGAAGUGAUUUUUAAUGCAGAAUCAGUGUUGUUUGAGUUUGUUGAUGGCAGUUGGAAGGAACGAGGGAAGGGAGAAGUGAAGGUUAAUGUUGCUAGUGAGACAAAAAAAGCCAGACUUCUUAUGAGGUCCAGGGGAAAUUUUAGAUUGAUUUUGAAUGCCCGUCUUUACUCUGAUAUGAAGCUCACAAAUAUGGACAAGAAAGGUGUUACUUUUGCCUGCAUCAAUAGUGCCAGCGAAGGUAAAAGUGGUCUUUCAACAUUUGCCUUGAAGUUCAAGGACGGGUCCAUUGUGGAAGAGUUUAAAGCAGCUGUCAUUGCACACAAGGGUGAGACAUCAACACUUCUCAAGACACCUGAAAAUUCUCCAAAGGCUUCUGAUGAUUGAGAAACAUCAUCUCCUUACUCAUGUCCCCACAGUGUCUGGCUCCUUAGAUGUUCCUUUACAAAGAUAUUUUACUAUCCUGAGUUCGUUUGCCCUUGUGUGGCAUACUUAAUUAGUGUACUUGAAUUUGAGUCAAUCUCCAAGUGAUAAGGAACUUAAUUUUGGAUUUAGACUGCACAGUUUUUAACUCUUGAACCUUUAAACUUGCUAUAGUGCUGUUAUUUCUUGA